CAACAAUUUAUUUUCUACUUUUCCGCGGGAAACCCACGGUAAAGCAAGAUGGCAUUUAUAAGGGGAAUUUCAAUUGUACUUUUAGUUUGUAGUGUUUCAUACACAUAUGUAUUAUUAGGAGAUGACGAGCCGACAGCCGACAUCACAUGGCCCAGCGAAUAUUACUUCAAAGGGCAAAUCGUUGACGUCUACAACGGACUUGUACAGCCCUUUAGGAUAUGGUAUAGCGCAGAAUAUAACCGCUCGCGCAUGGAGCUGUAUGACGGGGAAAUCAACAGUUAUUACGUCACAAGCUCUGAAAAUGAGAGAGGUGGCGUUUACAAGAUACUGACAAUUACCACAGGAAACCUGACAAACGUAGAACAGUGUAUAUACAUGAGCUCUGAUAGAGAUACGAACGACUUUCUACCUGACACUAGUGAUAUGAAUAAUACAGGAUCAUACGACUUCAAUGGAAGGGUUAUACACGAGUGGAAGAGAACAAUGGAGGAAGAUGGAGAAUAUAGAUUGGAGGAUACUCUGCUUGUGUACAGGACAGAGUAUGGCGUAGAUGUACCAGUCCAAUUCGACCAGAAGAAGUACGGGAUGGAAGAAGGUAGACUUCAGCAGCAUUCAGUCACUGAGUUCUAUGAUUACAAGCCGUCUGUCAGUAAUGACGACUUGGAGAUCGAAGACGAAGACGAAUGUGAAAUAGUUGGCACAGAUUUCCGUUCAAACUUGAAGUUUUUGCAUCCAGCCAUAUCCUUAGACGUGGACAUAGCUUUUGAUGGGUACAGGAACCAUCACAACAAAAAAUACAAAACCAAAGAAAUUGAGUUAAGGAAGGCUAUUUUCCAUAAAAAUUGGAGAUUAGUCGUAGAUCACAACCGCAAGAACCUGGGUUACACGUUAGCAAUGAACCAAUACGCCGACCGUACAGACGAAGAGCUGCAGUACCUCACCGGCACCCGACCUUCGCGCCCUGACAGCAAGGCCACUCAUACAUUCCACUCGAUGGAAGUUGUGGACGAGUUGGCGGAUCAAUUGCCGGAGGAGUUUGAUUUGAGAUUGAAAGGAGUCAUGCGGCCUAUCAAACAGCAAGGUGACUGCGGGUCUUGCUGGGCGUUCUCGUCCACGGCCGCCGUGGAGGGAGCCAUCUCCUACGACCUCGGGGGCAGGGACGUGGACCUCAGCGAGCAAUCUCUUGUGGACUGUGCGUGGGGUUAUGAUAAUUUCGGCUGCAUGGGUGGUUCUCUAAAUGACGUGUUCAGAUACAUACUGGACCACGGCAUUCCUGCGGACGUGGACUAUGGCCAAUACAAAGCAGAGAACGGCAAAUGUCACGUCCAAAACCUGACCUCCAUCUUCAAGAUCCGCGGCUUCGGGAAAGUUAAUCGCAACAGCAUCAAUUCGAUGAAGCUAGCGCUGAACAAGUACGGCCCGGUCACUGUCAGCGUAAUGGCGUCCCCCAACAUGAAGCUGUAUUCAAGUGGAAUCUUCUAUGACGAUUACUGCGAAGGCGGUUACGUGAACCACGGCGUGGUGGUCGUGGGCUACGGGGUCCGCGACGGGGACCUGUACUGGGUCGUGCGCAACUCCUGGGGCGAGGACUGGGGGGAGAGCGGCCACAUCCUCAUGUCGGCGCAACAAAACAACUGCUUCUUGCUCGACGAUCCUUAUUACGUCAUCGUCUAACCUCUCAUCACCAGAAUUUAAAUGCAGUAAAUUCCAAGAAAAUAUAGAAAGUACAAAUUUAUUCGGAUCAUAAACAUAAUUUACAAUAAAACUAGGUAUAAUACUACUGUAUUUAGAUGAGGAUUGGGGAAAGGAAACGCUAAAACCAACAGAUUUAGAUUCAUCAUUAUUAGAAUUUAAGACACGUAGGCCUGCUCUUUGUUUCAUUUAUUUCUUUUGAUUGAAUUCGAUUCAACGAAAUUUAUUCAACUAGUUCACUUCUUGUUUCAACAUGAUACUUACUUUUCCUUUGUAUCGUAUUAACUUUUGUCUUUCUUAGGUUGCGUUAUCGAUAUAGAAUGGUCUUGCUCUCCUUCAAUUUAUGUUUGUAAAAAUCUCUUUGAUCUUAAAUUAGUCGAGAUUACUCCAGUUUGUUUUGUCGACGCCGAUCGUUGUCACUCGGUCGUUUUUCAAUGAUUCAACCAAAGAUUUUGGUUAACACCUUAUCCAAGAUCUUUGGAUUCAACGAAGUGAAUAAACAAGGGAAGAAACAUAGAUAAAAAUAUUAUAUUUCUUUUAUCUAUAGAGUAUAUUUUCAAUGGAGUUAGUUACGAGAUGAUGCGUAGUACCGUCACUGAUACUAGUCGAAGGAGCAUCGGUGUGUUUUUUCAUCAAUUUGAGGUUAACUUGUUACGAUUUAUUUCGUGCUUUACUGGAACUGGUUUAAUUUAAGUUAGAUGUAAGAUUUGUAAAUAAAUUCCACGUGCUAUUGUU